AGUGUACUUUUACCGUUUUUAUUCAGCCGCCUGCAUACCAUGCGUCGUUUGCCCGACCUUUGAACCCGUCUUCGAUUCACUGUCGCUAGGGCUGCCCCAAGUGCGAGCAUUAUUAUGCAAACACGCAUCACUGCUUCCAUGGAACGAUUGUGUGUGGCAGGUUGGAUAAAUAGACAACCGUAAGCUCUUUAUUUCUGUUGGUGGUCCAAUUGUUAACUCGGAGCCGAUCGAAACUAGGCCAGACAAUUUAACUGGAAGGACUGCAUAAACGGACUGUUGGCUAUAGGACAAAGAUUUGGCAUUUACAGCGCGCACAUUUUGUGUGAAGGAUUCCGAGGGAUAAUAUUUCAAAGGCUUUUGGCAUUAUAGCACCAGGAGAAGGGCGUUGGCAGCCGCAGCACGCGUGAUUUGGACUUUAUACUGCAUAAUCUAUGCGUACCAGCGCAGUGGCAGUGUAUGAAUGAACAUAUUGAAUGGACUUUGCUAUUAAAAUAGGCAUAUGACCCUAUAAAUUGGCGGCAACUGUGUGCUGUGAAACUGAAUUCACCCGAUCCAAUUAUUCUCGAGUUGGCUGUGUGCCAUCGUAUCCAGCCGAGCACGUUUGACUCUAUCUACGGUUGCUCAUUUCGUUGGCUGCACGGUUGCUGGGGGUUUUUUUCUUGGCGUGGGAGGAAGUGGUAUCAAACAUGCUGGACCAUAUUGAUCCCGUUUUCCAGCAAGCCGUCUUCUCCUUCGAGGAAGACUUCGACCACCGGCCAUGGGUCAAAAUCAUGGAGACCCACUGGGUGGACUCCAUCUACGCCAGUAUGAUCUACGUGGUGGUCAUCUUCGGUCUCCAGUGGUUCAUGAGAGACCGGGCCAAGCUGGACCUGCGCCGCCCCUUGGUGCUAUGGUCCCUGGGCCUGGCCAUCUUCAGCAACCUCUGCGCCUUCAGAUUAUGGCAGGAGCUCUUUCUCUACAAGAACCUGUACGGCUGGAAGUCCACCAUGUGCGAGGCCGACAUUGGCUACUCGGGCGUCAACGGAUUCUGGUCCCUACUCUUCGUCUUGUCCAAGCUGCCUGAGCUCGGCGAUACCCUGUUCAUCGUGCUGCGUAAGCAGAAGCUCAUCUUCCUUCACUGGUACCACCACAUCACCGUCAUGGUCUUCUCGUGGUACAGCUACCCGCUACUGGUCGCCCCGGGGAGGUACUUCAUCCUCGUCAACUGCUCCGUCCACGCCAUCAUGUACACCUACUACGCCCUGCGGGCCUCCCGUCUGGUUCGUAUACCCCGUUUUAUCAACGUGAGCAUCACCCUCAUCCAGAUGUCGCAGAUGAUCGUGGGCGUCGUGGUCAACACCUUGGCUUACUACUACCGCUCCCAUGGAGACUUCUGCUCCACCACGGAUCGCAACCUCCACGUCGCCCUGCUGAUGUACUCCAGCUACUUCUUCCUCUUCGCUCACUAUUUCUACCAAGCCUACUUCGUCCGGGCCCCGGCCAAGCCGUCGCCUAAACCGGCCCUGGAGAAGGAGAGCAAUGGGGUGGCGUACUCCAACGGGGUCCACGCCAACGGAGCUAAGCACUCGAAUGGGGUACACGCCAACGGGGUGAAUACAUUCAAAAUUGAUUAAUACAAUUAUCUCAGUGGCGGAUCCAUGCUUUGGAAGAUGGGGGCGUUUUCUCCCCACCUUUGGACGAAUAAUUGUCGGUGGGAUUAAAAAAGCAUAAAGAUGACGAUUACCCCAACAAUCAGAUGUUCCCAAAGUGUGGCUCUGCAACUGGGUGCAAAAUAAUAAUUGAAAUAUUGAUACCUUACUGUGUAAAGAUUCUGCCUUAAUUUUUUUUCUAAGAAAAAAAAUAGAUUUUUGAAAUUAUCUAUAGGAAACAUUCUUGUAAGGGCUUCAAUAAUCGCAACUGUGUUGGGGUUCUUACACCGUAUGCAAAAAGGGGGAAAUAUAAAUAUGAAGAAGAAAUGUCAGUUUUGUAAAAACAAAAAUAUACAAAAUGAAAAAUUAAAAUAAUUAUUGUUAGUCUGUAAAAGAACAUUGAAUCGGUUUACUAUAUCUUGAUUAAAAAGUUAUUGUGAAUAACUGUAUACAUGGGGUUGUUGAGGAAGGUUUAACAAAAACAGUUGUGUGUACAAAAAGGUAUAUUCGGUCAAAAUUAAUUGGGUUAAUUGAUUAAUUGGCCUAAAUUCUGGGGGAAAAGUUGUUUGUAAGCACAAUUCCUUCAUUUAAAUAAUUCUGACAAUCACCGCAGCUGAAUUUCAAAAACAAGGAUAACUUUUUAAAUAUAGCUUAUUUUUUCAUAUUAUGAAAGGUUUAGUCAAGUACGCAAAAAAACAUUUCACGGCACUUAAUGACAUUUUUAAAGCAUAUAAGCUUUAAGUCGGUUUAAGAGUGACCAUCAAGUCAUCUUAAAAUAUUCAUUUACUUCUUUAUUUAUUAGUGAGUAGGAAUUUGUUUUUCAUCUUAUGUUGCCUUUAUAAAUUACCCUUUAUAAAUUAAGUGCCCAUAAUAUAGCUUAAUUAUGAAACUACAUGUAUUUUCUCAUUACUAGUUUCAGUGUGAAUUUUAGGGAAAUUCCUUUCGUUCAAAUAUUUUUUAUGGUUAUGGCCAACUUUGUAUUAUUGUAGGUGCUAUAAAAAAUACAAAUGUAAAAUGUAACGACAUAUAUUGUCGGUGCGUGCCCCUAUAUGGUAAAAUGAUGCUCCACUGAAUGGAUAAUCUCGGCUGUUAAACAUCAACCGAGGUCUAAUCGAUGUGGAGUUAAUUAUCAAACGUUUAUUUGUGAAUGGUAAACCCGCGUGUCGUGAGUCAUUGGGACGCACUGACGUAUGAAGUGAACUUCUCACGCCAAUGCCGAACCUAGGAAUUUGUUUCCUUGGCGACGACCGAGCGUUAAUUAACUGGGCUAUCGGUAUAGAUAUGAUUAUACUUUCAACUUAGUUUGUGGCUUUGCUCCGAGAUGGCUGAAUGUAUAACUAAACUACUACAUGUAUAACUAAACUACUACAUGUAUUACAAACUAAGUUUAGUUAUAACUAGAACAUUAUUCUCUACCGUUUUGUAUGUGGACCAGGUCCCGCCCUCAAAAGUGGGAUAUUCUGGGAUGAUACAGUGAUAAUACGGGAGUAUAAAUUAAUUCUGGGUCUUAUAUUCACGUUUAUCUAGGAGCAUGAUUCUGAAUUUUUAUAAAUAUACAACUCUUGCAUGUACCAAACGGCACUUUCUUUGUACAGAAAAAGGCAAGAAGCCAUAUUUUAAAAGAAAAUAAAGUCAUACAUGUAGUAACUAUGAUCAGUCUAAUUCUAUAGCUACUUCAAUCAUGUCAAGUGUAAGCCUUUCGAAACCUGAUGUAGAUGGAUUUGGGGGUUUAAUAAUUGGGUUAAAAAAAUAAUAUCAAAGUUAUUUCACAUGAUUAUAUUAGACAUCUGCCAAGGACGAUGAUUCGUAUAUUCUGCACUGAUAAAAAGUGUUGCCAUAUCAACACGGAUUACAAUGGGGGAAAAAGGGGGACAUAUUGUGUAGUUAGAUUUUUGAUCACACAUUAAAAAAGGAGCAACUUAUGCCUUCAUUUUAGCGUACGCCGGGUAUGUCUGGGAUGUUGACUUAAGAGUGGACUUGUACUUUGAUUCGUCAAACACUCUACAGGUGCUUAAUAAUGAUAACCGAAGGAGCUGUAGUUUUGUCGUUUAGGAAGAACUGAUUGUAAGAUUUGUUUUUGGGUUGAACAGUGGCUGGAUAAAAUGAUAAAUGUAAAGGAGGUUUUCGUCAAGGGACGCUGGGGUGGUCUGCAUGAUUUAUCACGAAGAUCGCGCGAUGAAGCGGGUUCUUAUCCGACCUUGCCCCAUUUGUGAUCAACCAGCCAAUUUUUUUUUGUAGAUUUUUUGGGCAUUAAUUUCGAAAUCACGAUACCGCCAAACGAUCUGAAGUUGCGGACUUCAACCUUCCGGCGGGAUGGUAACGGCAUCUGACUCAUCAGAGUCACAUGACCUUCAUAGCUAUUACAAUCUUAGUGUUCUGAUGGGAACUGGUUCUUGUUGGUCAACCUCAUUAUGCAUGCACACUGGACUUUGCAUAGUUCUUCACAUUCACAAUAAAAGUCCCCACUCCAUA